UACAUUUCCCAUGGUGCUUAGUCUCAUAGAGGGGUUUGGCUUGUUGGGCGCGCGCUGUGUGAAGGAAACUAUUUGAAAGAAAAAAUGGCGGAAAAACAUUUGGAGGCCGAAAAAGACGGUUUUGAAAGUGUCUCCGUUGCUGAAAACCAGAAUGAGUCUCUGUAUAACAAGGCCAACUCAGUGACACGGACAUCAAAAAGAUGCUCCUCUAAAAGCUCAAGCAGAGCUCCCCCGCAGAAAUCUCCCCGUACCGACCCCCUAUCACCCACCGUACCGACGCCAGAUGCAGGAGAAGGAUAUUCAGAGACAGACAAACAAGAAAUGCAGACAGAAAACACGGAGGGACCUUCAAGUCCCUCUGUCAGCCCCACUGCACGCAGGAAAUCCUGGAGGAGAGCCACCAUAACCCGACGCUCUCUCCCCGCUCUUCCCAACUCCUAUCAGGUUUUGUGCAGGAGCAUAAGUACGUCCUUGUCACAGCAAGAGAGGCUCGAAAAAUUGAUGGAGGCUUCAAUGAGGCUGGCAAUUGAACGAACUCAAAAUUCACUCCAGUUAGUGCCGAACACCUCACUGGAGUGUUUUCAAAAACAAGUUGAGCACAUGCAGAAAGAGUGGGGUUAUCUGGCCCAAAGCAUACGCAGUGAAACACAGAGAUGUCAACUCCCCGCUAGUGCAUCCAGUUCUUAUGAUCCUGCAGUGCGGAGAGCCAUGGGAAAGGUCCAGAAAGCCAUCAACAGGCUCCAGGCUGAAAGUGAAUCUUGGGAAGCACUGUUGAACAAACACCGGAGUAAAGCAGAGGAAUUGGAAAGGAAAUUGGAGCAGGGCCCGGGGAGAGGCAUAUCAUUAGACUCUACAUGGGAGGCCCAGUCCUCACAGUACCUUUUCAUACAGAGCAAACCAGACUACCAUGGUCUCCUCUGUAGACAACAGCCCAUGCUACACACUAUAGCAAUGAUAAUGGACACUCAGUGUAAGAUGGUAAGAGAGCUUCUGUCCAUCAAGGAGCAGUCACAGUUAUUGGUGAAAGAGACCAGCGGCCGAUUGGCGGCAGAGGCAGGAUUCCAGGAUCUUUCACCUGACCCAAUCAGGAACCUUAUGGCAGCACCUUUAUCCUCUGCAACAUAGUCACUCUGGUAGGAGGCAAGGACAAGCUGUCAAUCCCUUAACGGACCAUGGCUCUUUAUCACUUUUAUGUGUACUCCCUGGUAAUUUCACUGUUAUGUGAUUUAGGAACAUAUAAUUUUGUUGCUCUGUCUUUAUUGGUUUUUGUUUUUAUUUUUUGUUUUUUGUUUUUUUAACGUAAAGUAAACUUUAAUUUUGUGUUGUCGGUGUCAAAUAAAAACCAUUUAAGUCAGCAGCAGGGCUGGUAAUAGAGCUAGGUCAGGUAAUCCAUGCGUGUGACCAGCAGGUGGCAGUGGUUGGCUUUACAAACUUGUGACAAGCUUGGUAAAUGGCUAGAGUGGAUAUUUCUGUUAAGCCUGCAUCAGGUGCAUUCUCACCUGUAAAACCUGAAAUUGUUAGGACUAGACUGCCGGCUGUUAGAAAUUAUGGAAGAGCCAAAUGUUUCAGGAAACUUUGCCAAUAUCCCGCUAAACAAGAUUAUUGAUCAUUCUUCAUAAAAUAAAGACUGUGAAAUAAAUUUCCCCACCCUUUGGAACUAA